AUGAUGAACUAUUUAAUAACAACGUAUCAAAAUUUGACAAAAUCAAAUAAUAAUAAUCAAUCAGAACUUAAAAAGUUUAAAUUAGUGAAAAAUAACGAUAAAAAGAUCCAACCACUUGAAUCAAACUCAUUAAGUCCUUCUUCAUGUCCAAGGUCAAGUCCUUCAAGAUGUGCACUUUGCUCAACUUCAUAUUUGACUUUAUCAAGUUUAAAUAAAUUAAUUAAUCCAAUUGAAAAUUUGAGUAACUUAAAAUCUAAAAUUAUUAAAAAAUUAACAAUUCCAAAAUUAAAUAAUCCCAAUUCAAAGGAUAAAUUUGUUGAUGAGAUUUUUAAUAUUAAAGUUUAUCCUUGUCCAAAAAAUACACAACAAUCACCAAAAAUUUGA